AAUAGAUUUUUUCACAUCACGAGACACUAUUCUUAAAAGUUAUUUAAAAAAAUACUGUUGAAAUUUACAGUUGAUUAUCUUUUGCCCUUUAGGUUUCAAUGCACUAAACAGGAGAAAAAUCAUUGGGAGAAUUAGAUGCACUGUAAUGAGAGUGAUUCAAAAAUAUGAGAGAACAAAAUGAUGGAAAAGUGUUGUUGCAGAAAAAAAGAAGGAUUCAAUCUUUACAAUUAAUGUAAAUGGUGAACCAAAGCACAAUACAACAGAAUCAAAACUGAUAAACAAAGGACAAAGACUGAAACAACUGAACAUUUCAUUUGAAUAAUUAUUUAAAGCCUCUUUAAAUACAAGAAACAGUUAUGACGACACCAGUUACAGAAGAUACAGAAAACUUUACAUCAAGUUCACAAUCAUUAGGCAAUGCCACGUUUAUGUUACAGCCACAUAUUUAUGACCCUUCACUUGCUAAACUGGCUUUCCACAACAAGCCUUCACGUUUAAGUGGAAUCCUAUUGACAUGUAUGUGCUGCGCUGAUGUUUUGAUAAAUUUGGCUGUCUUGUUGGUGAUAAUUGCAGUUAAGGCAAUGCACACCCCGACUAACUAUUACAUCGCUUCGUUGAAUGUCUCAAACUUGAUUCUGCCAUUUUAUUUGAUAUAUUACGGUCUCGAUGGAUACUGGAGGGAAAAUAACAAGUCAGAUUUGAGAUGUAAAGGAGAAACCUAUGUCACAUACCUAGUUGGACUGAGUAUUUCAUAUACAUUGAUUGCCAUGGCAAUUGAUCGUUAUCGUGGCAUUGUCACACCGCAAAAGACAAAACGAACGAAGAGACAGACAUGUUUGAUAAUUGUUGGAAUAUGGGCAGUAAUUACAAUCAUUGGACUUGUUCCAGCAUCUGCGUAUCGUCAUCGUCCAAUCACAGUUUCCUACGAGCCUUUUUUCUCUCAUAAUUUAACAAUAUGUGAGUUAAAUUACAAGUAUGGCUAUUUCAGUGAGAUGAUCCUGGUGUAUAUUAUACCAGUUGGGAUUCAGAUGGUGCUGUACAUGCGCAUAAUAAAUGUGCUUCGUAAGCCAUCUUUAGCCAAUUCAUCAUCAUCAACCAAUGUGAAAGGCAAGGCGGUAAAAAUGAUGAUCACAAUAUUGGCAUCAUUUAUCUUAUUAUGGAUGCCUCUGUUUAUAUG